AUGUCUUCCUCUGAUGGAAUCUCCAAUUUCACAUACACACCUAGCGAAUCCUCAAACUUGACCUCCACUCCCAUCACAAGGAGAAGCGAACGCUUGACUUUUCUCCAUCUUCCCAACGAAAUUCUACAAAUUAUGUUCAAAAGGCUUAUUGAGGAGGCCCAAGACACGAGCUCGAGAUUUCCUAAUUAUGGAAUUCAAACGAGACAUAUCAAGGAUGCACUCGAUAUGCUAUCAGUAUCCAAGGAUGUGCGAGCUGCAUGUUUGCCAGGAUUUUAUCGAGAAACACUCAUUCCGAUUACACUGGAGGUCGAGGGAUCUGAAUAUCUAGGAUAUCCUGAGAUGUAUGAAUCGCAAGGAGGCUGGAUAAGCAAAGUAGAAGCGGCAAACUUCGAUUUUGAAACAAUUCCGGCUCUGAAUGAGCAUGAAGAAGACCCCGAUCUCAUUGAAAGUAAUCGACAGAGAUUAGACGACUUCUUAGUUCACCACGGCAGUCAAAUCAGGCGCAUCAAGUUGAACAUUAGUAACCUUGGGGAUUCUGCUGGCCCAUUCUUAUCCCAGGACGCGGACUCGUACAGACUCUUUGAAGGGAGAAUCAAAAGGGUUGUUGAGCAAUUGUUAGGAAAUGGGGAAGGAGAAACACCACGAACAAGCAAAAUACUUGAGCUUCGGUUAUGCGUUCAACCAGACCGUGAAUACCCCAUACAAGAAGACGGAGACGAUGACGAAGACUACGAUCACUACAGAUUUGAGUGUGCGUGCUUCAACAUUCUAAUCUCACUUCUCGAACCCUUGAGGGAGCAUCUUAUUUCAAAACAAUGUGUGAAGUUGGAUUGGAAUGGGGUCUAUGUUCUCAAAGCUACCGACAUCAAUUGCGGUAUCUUUUCUUACGAGAACAUUUCAUUUCUCAGGCACAUGAUUGUUGCUCUGGCAUUAGAAGAACAGAACGCACGAAGUCAGUGGGCAGAUGAGCAACUGUCACGAAAUGUCGAGGUAGAUAAAGAUCUCGUGUCAUUGCCUGUAGAGAGCAAUGAAGAUCGAUGGCUCAACUUCUGGAGGAAUCAUAGGGAUGUGAAUCCGUACCGUCUAGCCUGUAUCAAUUUUCUAUAUCCUAGGGGUAUUUCUCAGGCGCGCGGAACACCCCCUGUGGAGUUUCAAUGGGUUUCAAAGGUCCUCGAAGCGUCUUCUUUGAUAUGGGAAAUUCAUGAAACUCGACUUGUUCUUGAUUUAUUGCGUGAAAGAAAGAAUGAGCAUUGUCUUGAAAACUGA